GUGAGUUAGGCUAAUUAUUUAUAAGUUUGCAAUAUGUUCAUUUUUACAUUUUUUGGUAAUAAUGUAUCUGUCUUUAUUCGAUUAUGUAAGAAUGUAUAUAGAAUAACGUGCAAUAUGUUUAAUAUUAAUCAUUUCAUGCAUUCAGUGUUCAUUGGAACUGUGUUCAUGAAUUAAUUUAUAAUGUAACAGUGACGCUCACAUGAAAAUGAGGGUUUUUGAAAGUUUUUUUAGUUUAGUUUGUCUUUAGGUUUUGACAUUAUCCUCUCCACAAUAAUCUAUUACACGCGCUUACCAGCAUGGGACACUCUUUGCAUGCUAAGUUAAAGGAGGCGGGUUUAGUUGCCCGGCACAGUGACGUUCAAACCCCACCAUGACCCCUUCUUUCAGUCAGACUCUUAUGACAACUUCCUCCGCUCCGCGCACCCGCUUUUCUUUUUAUUGUUGCCCCAAAACUUGCCAUCGCGUACGGUCGUGCUGCUAUACCUUUAAACCCGGGAGCAGCGUCCGUUGGCGGUGACAGGGCUCGAGUGUAACCAGACGAUGGCAUUUUCCAAACCAAUGUGGCAAUGUGUCACUUGUGAGAAAAUAACGCGAUGAUGGCAUCGCGCCGCCGUACUUAAGGCGCUUUCUGUCUACUCCCCCGUAACGUUACCGGGCGCGAUGGAGUCUGUGUCGACAUGGAGUUCGCCUGGGAAUUGCGUUAGACUUCGGUGCUUUUACUCGUCGCAAUGCUGCGGUGUAUCUUCGAUGAGGAUUUGCUAACCGCGGGACGACGAAGACGAGCACACCGACAUCAUGUCUGAUCGGAAUUACUGGACGGUGUGUCCGAGUUAUAAAAGUCAGUUCGUUUCCGGAGGUUUAGUCAAACGGCCCAAAAGUAACCGGAACAAGAGGAAGAGUUUGGCUCCCUCACCUACUCUAUCAAGACCGCUCUCACCCCUUCCUUUGCAAACUGGCAGCAGUCCUCUGGACAGUCCCAGAAAUGUCUCCGGCAGUCCUUCGGUCAAUUUUCCAUUCAUACGGAGGUAAGAGCUGAGCAGAAUGAGACGGCAAACAUGUCCGAGUGUAUUUGCAUUAGUCAUUUGUCAUGCAUCAUCUUA